UAUAUAUUUAGUAUUUAUAUGAUAUUCAAAGAAUUCACACAGAAACAUCAACACAAUCAACAAAAUGUGUAUUUAUUGUCUGAAAGUAAUAUGCGAGACAAUUAUCGCACGAGUUAUUGCGACUGUUAUUGUUGCAGUCAUUCUAUGUGCAGCUAUCGCUAUUACGUGGGUUAUACUUGACAAGAAUAAAGAUGAAGACAAUAAGAGUCAUCGCAUGAGAGCCGUGCGGUCUUUGCCGGAAAAUAUAAUGAUGAAUCUGCCAGAACGGAGAAACAUCGCUACAAUUGGUCCGAAUCAAAUGUAUACCGAUAUGGUCUACGCAGGUUUGGAGCGUUUGCAGUUCCUGCUUGAUUUCAACACGAAAAACAAGGAGUUGCUGCUGGAGAUGAACCAUCACUUCCAGCAGUACACUAAUUACGAUUGGCAUCUGUCGCUGCAGGAAGACAGUGCCGGAGCCAUUCCACCGCAGUAUGUUUAUUAUAAAUUCGAUCGUAAUGAAACCGAAUUGUUUGUCGGCGGUUAUUAUCGUUGUUAAAUGAAAUAAAAUGUAAAUAUAUAAAAAAUAAAUAGUUGUGAAUGUA